UGAGACCUGGCUGUCACUUUCACUCGUGUCGUUUCAUUUGAAUUCAAUCUCAAUUUAUUUGUGUGUAUGAAAAUAAUGUGGUGAUUUCUGAUUCUAUCAAAACAUUUUCUUGCUUUCGGGUGAAAAUGUCUACAAAUGAUUCGAAAGAUGAGGACAAAUCAUCUUGUCAUACUAUUUUAGACAAAAUCAAUUCCAUAAAUGAUACUGUUAUUACCAAGCCACCAGAUAUUAACGAUUUUACAAUAAUUAAGCCCAUAAGUCGCGGGGCCUUUGGUAAGGUGUUUCUUGCCCACAAGAAGAGUAACAAAGAUCAGCUGUACGCGAUUAAAGUUAUGAAGAAGUCUGCCAUGAUAAACAAAAAUAUGGUCACUCAGGUAGUUACUGAGAGAAAUGCUCUGGCAUUGUCAAGAAGUCCAUUUUGUGUACAUUUAUUUUACUCUCUGCAAUCUACUUCAUCUAUUUAUUUGGUCAUGGAGUACAUGGUUGGAGGUGAUUUAAAAUCACUGUUAGGUGUUUAUGGGUUCUUGGAAGAAUCUAUGGCUGUGUUCUAUGUUGCUGAGGUCACACUUGCUUUGGACUACUUACACAAACAUCACAUUGUUCAUAGGGAUCUCAAACCUGAUAAUAUGCUUAUAUCUCGAUCUGGGCAUGUAAAACUAACUGAUUUUGGUUUAUCUAAAAUUGAAGUAAACAGAGAUUUGGAGAUAUCAGACUUUGUGAAUUGCACACCAAGCUUGAACCUGAGAACACCUGGGCAGCUGCUGUCACUUACAUCACAUCUCUCCUUUGGAUCUGGGGGAGGCGACAGCACACACAACUCUGUCAUGUCUACUGACGCCUGUGAGAACCUUCUUGAUGAACUUAAAGAGACUAGUAAAUUGAAAAGUCUUUUUGAUGGAGUCAGUGCCCUGGAGUGUUCACCGUUGCUGAAUCAGUCUCACAUGUCUGGAAUACAUCCAUUCAUGAGUGCUGACAGUAUUAAUUUUGAUAGUUCACAAGACUCUGGUUCCUACCACACUUGUGAAAGCUCUAAGAACAGUUCAAACUCUAGGAGUAACAAGUCAACAGAUCCAAGCAGCAACAGUUCUGUAGGAGAGUCGACAGUAUCUGACUCUAUGCAUGACCCAUCCACUUCACCAUUGUGCAGGGGACAUUCACUUAAGAGAAUACCUAGCUUCAGAGCAAAGAAAAGAAAAAGGAUAUUAGACUGUGAUGGAGACACCCCCACAGGAGUAACAAGCUUAGCAGAGUCUAAAGAGAAUCACAGUGGUCUCACUCAAGAGAUUAUGGCGUUAGAGUUAAGUCAAAACACACCAAAGCGCAUGUCCAUACAUCCAACACCUGAUAAAUACAAAAAUCCCAUCAAAGGUGUUUUGAAAAAACGGUGGGUAUCUCAAAACGAUAGUCAUCAUUUCAAUGUAGGAGUUAUAUUUUCGACUCCAGUUUCAAACAAAUCACCAGAAACAAAGAAGAAGGAAACUCGGUUUAAUUUACCUAAGGAUGACCAACCAGCUUCAGGAAUUAAGGACAAAACUUUUAUGUUUGGUAAACAUAUUUCUACCAGUCUGGAGAUAUUUCCUACAAGGCGAUUAAGUAAGGGCGAAGGCAGUCGUUCGCCAACAGAUUUGUGUAAAACGCCGCUGGCCACCGCACAUACACCGUAUAGAACGCCAAGCGUGCGGCGAGGAAACUUAGUGUCAGACCAGAGAAUUUUGGGUACACCUGACUAUUUAGCACCUGAGUUACUUUUGAGACAGGGGCAUGGUCCACCAGUGGAUUGGUGGGCGUUAGGUGUAUGCUUAUACGAAUUCAUGACUGGUGUUCCGCCUUUCAAUGAUGAGACUCCACAGGCAGUUUUCAAGAAUAUAUUGUCUCGAAACAUCGAGUGGCCAGAAGAUGACGAGGCUCUGUCUCCUGAGGCAGUCAGUGCUAUAGAGGCGCUUCUUACCAUGGACCCGUCAGAGCGACCGGCGGCUGCCCUUGUCAAGUCCAUGUCCUUGUUCCGUCACAUCGACUGGGAGAACCAGCUGAACGUUGAGCCGCCGUUCAUACCGACACUAGAUGAUGUACACGAUACGGGGUAUUUUCAAGCCCGAAAUAUACUACAGCAGCUGCAUGUUUCUAACUUCGAUAUAUGAUAAAGGUAAAUAUUAAAGUUAUUUUAAGUAAUGGAUUAUUCAGUAUAGCGUGAAAUGUAAUAAGUAUAUACUUAAAAUAUUCUAAUUAUAGUUUUUUUUACCAUCAUGUACCUACUAAUAUAUUAUAUAUAAUAUGUAUUUGAAGACUGAUCUGAAAUUUUUAGGCCAUCUUAUUUGUAAUGCUUUGUUUAUGUUGUAUUGGUAGCAAAUGAUUUAUCAAUGAAGCUUUGUGAUUUUUAGAAAUAAAUAAUAGUACCUUCAAAU